UUUGUUUAUUCGCAGAAAUAUAUAGUUAUUGUUGUAAAGAUGUCAGAAUCGAAUAGAACAGAUAUAUUAUCAUGUACUGCGACUGUUGAAAACGGUCAGGAAAAUCAAGACUGCUCGAAACGAGGGUUGAUACGCAAGAAGUUGCUAUCCAUUCAAGCGUUCGUAGCAUUUGUUGGCAUUGCUUUAUGCGGACAAUCUGCGCUUGCUACUUACAAUAAAAGCGUUCUGACUUCAAUUGAGAAACGUUUUGGUAUCGCAAGUUCUUUAGCGGGGUUUAUUGCGGGGGCUUUUAACAUUGGAAACUUAUUAUUUGUGGUCGCGGUAAGCAAACUCAGCAGCAAGUACAGUCGCCCACGUUUUAUCGCAGUUGGUUCACUGAUUAUUGCCGCGGGUGGACUUAUCAACGCCGUGCCUCAUUUUAUACACGGCGUCUACGAGCCUUCUGCAACAAACACGACUGCUAAUGUCGACACAGCUGACUGCACCGAAUCCUCCAGCGAGUAUCCCUAUCUGUUCAUCAUACUUGUUUUGGGACAAAUACUUGAGGGCAUUGGAGCUACAGUUCACAUACCACUUGGUUCUUCAUACAUCGAUGAUUAUGCGUCAACUUAUAACUCGCCGUUAUAUCUUGGUACUUUGUUUGUUUUACAAAACUUUGGAUCCGGAAGUGGUUAUUUAAUGGGGUCAUGGACUUCAAACGUAUAUGUGGAUUUUGAAAAAGUCAGACCAGAAAAUUACCCGGUUUCAAAAGACGACGAAAAAAGGUGGGUCGGAGCUUGGUGGCUCGGGUUUCUGAUCAUCGGAAUCUUUGUCAUCUUUACUUCGAUUCCAAUCUUCUUCUUCCCGAAGUCCAUGAAUAAGCAGGAAGACAAGAAGCAAAAAAACUCUAAGGAAACGCCCCAAAAGGAUAGCAAUGACACGGAGUUGGUAACAUUCGUUGCUGGUGACUCAACUGUUACGCAACCGGAUAAAAUCGACAAAACUUGCGACGAUGCGAAUAUUUCUCAAAUACCGUUACUAAUCGGUGACGUAGAGGGGAAAGUCCCGGAAUCUGAACUCGAAAACAAAGAGUCCAAACCUGAGUUAACCAUGUAUGAAGAUUUUAUCCAGACAAUAUGUCGUCUUGUCACAAACCCGUUGUAUGUUCUGGUGAUUCUCAGUUAUUCUGGACUCAUGUUCGUUGUCGGAUCAGUAUCUGCUUUCUUGCCUAAAUACCUUGAAAUUUCAUACAAACGAACCGCUUCAGAAGCGAAUCUUAUGUUCGGUGUUGCGAUUCCUGCUGUCAUGACCAUCGGUCUGUUUUCUGGUGGUUUAUUGACCAAGAAAACGAGGUGGGGAGAAAAGGCCUUACUGCGGUACAUUGUGGCGAUUGGAACUUUUUCUCCGCUUUUAUUUCUUCCCAACUUUUUCAUGGGCUGCUCCUUUGAGGGUUGUGGCGACACACCCCCAGGAUUUAAUGUGACUUCUGAAAUAAUUGAAUUGGAAUCGAUAAAAUGUGACUGUGAUUUCAAAGCCAAGAUCUUUGUUGCUUUGAUGGCCACCAUGACCUUGCUCCUAUCCACUCUAGUCACCCCGAUAUACACAGUUCUUUUGAGGUGUGUGGAUAAAGAAGACAAAACCACUGGAGUAGCUGUAAUGUUCUUGGGCAUUCGGGCCUUGGGUCUUAUUCCUGCGCCCAUAAUAACUGGCAUGGUGAUCGAUGGUACUUGUUUAAGGUGGAGCGAUGGUUGUUCGGAAAACCGGCACUGUUUGGAAUAUGACAUUAUACCUUUUAGGGUCAAUUACAAUAUGUUGAUGGUUGGAGGAUUACUUGUAUCUGCUGUAUUCGGCGUUAUAUCUCUGAUACUUACCACACACAAGCAUUCGAAAACUCCAGGAUUUUUUUGCCGCAUUUUUUCCCGUGUAAAACGAAAAAUUACGAAGAAGCCGACGAACGAAAAUAGCUUAAAUAUAUGAACAAAUAUAAAAUCUAGGUUUUACUUGCGCAGUAUUCAAUGCACUGACUUAGGGGUGUUAAUACGCUUCGAAUACAGCUGUGUUUUACUUCACAAAAUUGCGCAAUUUUAAAUUGAAAUCAACUUUUCUAUUUCCCUUUUCGCUUUUUGUACGGUGUUUUCUGUUUAUUUCAUUUUUGCUAUGAAUAUUUUUUGUUUGUGACCAAACUGCUUUUAACAACGCCCUUUUCACUUUAUAUGUUUCAUUUUUAAGGAGCAAUAAAUUUAACAAAAACU